UAAUGAAUAAACCUUAAUAACAUUAGUAGGGAAAAGAUUAAAAUGGCAAAGCAUGGUUAUAUGCCUUAGGAGGCUUAGCAAUUGGAGUAAUAGGAACAAUUUUUGGAAUGAAAGCUAUCAAUAAUGAAUAAUCUUAGACUAAUAGUUAAGUUUAAUCCAAUCCAUAGCCUUCAUAAAUCACUAGUGACGGCGAACAAUUCCUCGAGACUCUUUGUUGUCCAAUAACUGGAGGUAUUAAUGAUUUAUAUCUUUAAAUUAGAGCUAAUUGUUGAUGCAGCCUAACUUAGUACAUGCGGUCAUACUUUUGAAAAGAAUGCCUUAUUAUAAUGGUUAAAAAAAUCUAAUGUAUGCCCUUAAUGCAGAAAACAAACUAGCGAAUAAAAUAUUAUCAAGAAUUAUGCUUUACAAUAGGUCAUUGAAUAACAUAGAGCAAAACAAUAAUGA